ACAGCAGAGAAUUUUAAAAGAUCGAUGUUGUGAAUGGGAAAACACUGCAGUAUAUCUAAGUAUGGACUGGCUUUAUUUCCUGAUCGUCUGUAUCAUACUCUUCCUGGUACUACAGAUCAUUACAAUACUGAGAGCAGACUGUGAUCUGGCCCUCACAUGGAUAGAAAAGCUCGGAAAAUCUCCAGAUUGUCUGAGAGACCAGGUGGUAUGGGUGACUGGUGCAUCUAGUGGAAUUGGAGAGGCCCUAGCUGUGAAACUGGCAUCUGUAGGAUGUCGUCUUGUGCUUUCAGCUCGACGGGAAGACAAGCUACAAACACUGAAACAGAAAUUAAUUGAUCUAGGAUAUGGUACACCAGAGAACUACCUUGUGCUGCCACUGGAUUUACUAGCAUAUGAUUCACACAAGAAACUACCUUGUGAUUCACACAAAGGUCUGGUGGAAACUGUGCUCAAAUACUUUAAAAAGAUAGACUGUCUGGUGAACAAUGCGGGUCGUUCACAGAGGGCCGUGAUUAGUAAAACAAGAUUUGAGGUGGACCAACAAAUGCUCGCAGUCAACACUUUAGGUCCAAUAUCCUUGACCAAAGCUGUCCUUCCAGUUUUUAUCCAACAGAAUUUUGGACAGGUUGUGGUCACAAGCAGCGUAGCAGGAAAAUUUGGUGCACCAGGACUUGGAUCCUACUGUGCCUCUAAACAUGCCCUGCAUGGUUGGUUUGACAGUCUGCGUGUUGAAUCUGUGAUGUAUAAUAUAAAUGUAACCAUGGCUUGUCCUGGUCCAGUUUUCUCUGAAGCUCUGAUUCAUGCCUUCACAGAGGAUCCUGAUAAGAAAUUAGGUGUGACAAUGAAGCCAGAGGAGAAACGGAUGUCAGCAGCUCGAUGUGCUCACCUUAUGGCAGUAGCUAUGGCUAAUAACAUAGAUGAAGUUUGGAUUACUGGAAAUCCAGAGUUAUCUUUCCUUUACAUGAACCAAUAUCUACCUGGAAUAUUUCACAGGUUAGCCAAACGCUUUGCACAGAAAAGAUUGAAAAAAAUUAUGGAAGGGAGCAAUAACCUCCAUUAGCGGUGAAUGACCACACAAAUGAUUGGUGUUGGACAGACAUCGAAUAUAUACACACCCAUUAUUUAUAUCUUAGUGGUGUUUGACACAGCAGAACAAAGUAUUGUUAUUAAACCUGUUAAUCUUUUUACU